UACAGUGUUAGUGAUGCAGAACCGUUCUUUCCAGCUGAUAUUGUUUGACCCUUCCCGGCACCUGUAGAAAGCGCUUCCUGUCCAGCCCUGGGAGAGGAGGCAGAGCAGUGGGCGCCGUAUGGACUGCCGCUACAGGCGUAUGGAAGACUCCCUCAAGCGAUCGGCUGAGCUUGGCCGGGAUUUGCUGGAGAGGAUGAGGAGCAGGGAAGUGGGCUGGGCCUGUUCGGGGGGGCUGCAGGAGGCGGAGCUUACAGAGGCUGUGGAUGACGGGGCAAAUCUGGAAGAAGCGUUUGCCGUGAUGGCCGACUUCAUGCGUCGCACCACCGAGCAGUGCGCGAGGUAUCAUGGCUGCUUGGCCAAUCAGAAGAUGAGCCAACAGGAAGUGGCGCACACGGGCAGGUUUCACGGCAGGAAGUUUGCCCACGGGGGGGCUGCGCAGCGAGUGAGAGUGCGGCCCUGCUCCCCCGUCAGCGCUCAGGGGGGACCCCGAGAUAUCGCUAUUGAAGUGGCCCCGGGCACUUACAGAGUCACGGCGGGCUUACACAGGGCACGGGAACAGACUCACGUGGUGAACAUUUGCCCCGGGCAAAGUGUGGAUAUAACAUUCGACUUGUGAUGCCCCCCCCCACAGACUCUCCACAUUCCCACCUCUGCUGGUCGGAGGAGUAUGGACAGGGACUCCCUUGGAUUCAUGGCCGCUCUGAACUCUACAGUCACGUGACUAUGAAUUUCUGCUCUGAAAACUGCACUUUAUUAAUUAUUUCCUCGUGUUUUAAUGUGAUGAUGUUUGUUGCUCCUCCCCCCGGGAGCUGACAAUCGGCCCUGUAUUUAUUAUAGGAGGUGUAUCGUCAUUGUGUUGCUGCUCAGAGUGGGAGGAAGGAGCUGAGCAGACGAGCAGCAGGAGACCCUUCCUCCAUCACUGUUUGAAUGUUAAAGGGCAACUAAUCCUGCACCUAUUAUGUUGGAGCCUCCCGUCACAUGGUGAGAGUGCUGGGCACUGAGAGUUCCACUAUGGGAGUCUUUAGGAAUUCUGGGAGUUGUAGUUUACAGCAGCUGGGUUGCGACAGUGUGACAGCCAUGAGUAUUAUUAUAUAUAGCGGUGCCCCUCCCUGCUGCGCAGUAACACUGACGGCUCCGCCCCCAUUAUUUAAAGGCACAUUGAUCUUUUUAUAACUAUUAUAUUUAAUAAAGAUUUUAUUCAUUCUUGA